GCCCUUUGACGUCAUAGAGGUCAAACAGAAGGGUGAAUCCACGAUGUGACAUUUGUUAUGUCUUUCGCAAUAAAAUUAUGCACAAGGAAUGUAACAAAACCGUCUGUUUAUGCUUCAGUGGUUUUAAUGAAACCAGUGGUUCAAGAUUCAACAAAAAAUUGCUUGUGUACUAGUAUCCAAAGAGCCAUUACAACAGUACAAAAGCCUGCAUCAUCUUUUCGGAAACCUAGAUCUAAAAAAGACGAAGAGAAAGACAUUGCAAAUUCUCCACACUUCCAGACACUUGUAGAGGACACGCACCAUGAAGAUGAAAAGCGAGCACAUGCCACACUGGACCUAGUCCCGGGUAAGGGACCCCCUCCUGAACCACCGACCUACUGCUGCAUGAGUGGGUGUGCCAACUGUGUAUAUCUGACAUACGCACAAGAGCUCCUGGACUAUUAUAAAGAUGGUGGCGAAAAAGCAAAGCAGGCCAUCAAGGAGCAAGUUAAAGAUCCAAACUUACAGAUGUUCUUGUUGAUGGAAAUGAAUUUAUUGUAGAUUGAGUUACUUUUGGACUGUGGUGACUCUGGGAUAGAAUGUACUUACUGGUAUGACAUUGGUAAACAGGUGAUGGUGUGUCAGCAUAUACUGUAUUUAAGUAUUUUUGCCACAAAGCAUUGCUUAUAAUGGCUAAAAAAACUGGGCAUGCACAUUCAUGUACUACUUGUAUUAGUAGUAGCUAUUUCUACAAAUGUUAAGUUAUGUUUUUAUGAACUAUUAACCUGAACCAGAUGCAUUUUGUUGAUAUUAUGUAAUUUUUUUUGUAAAGUAGUAUUUAUUGGUAAUCAUAUUUAUUGAAAAAAGUACACAAAGUAGACAGAAUUUUACUAGUGCCUGAGAUUGUCAGAUAUUUUACAUUUUAUAAGCUUUUUGCAUUUUUUUCAGCACAAGGCUCAGAGCAUAUUGUCACAUUUUAUCCUAUUAUACUUAUGCCAGUACUAGUAAAUUGUUACAGACAGAA